AGGCCCAACAGCCCAGAACCCUUAUAAAAACAGCGUCGUUACUAACCCUAGCUUUCGUUUCUUCCCUGAGAAUCUCCGCCUCUUGCAUUUUCUUCCUUAAACUCUCAGACACAAAGCACAUACCCAAAAUGCCUUUCAAGAGGUACGUGGAGAUCGGGAGGGUCGCCCUCGUCAACUACGGUAAAGACUAUGGCAGGCUUGUCGUCAUCGUCGAUGUUAUCGAUCAGAACAGAGCCCUAGUUGAUGCCCCUGAUAUGGUGAGAAGCCAGAUGAAUUUCAAGAGGCUUUCUCUAACUGAUAUCAAAAUUGACAUUAACCGUGUCCCAAAGAAGAAGACUUUGAUUGAGGCUAUGGAGAAGGCUGAUGUUAAGAACAAGUGGGAGAACAGCUCCUGGGGCAGAAAGCUGAUUGUCCAGAAGAGAAGGGCUUCACUCAAUGACUUUGACAGAUUCAAGAUUAUGUUGGCUAAGAUCAAGAGGGGAGGAUUGAUCAGGCAGGAGGUUGCAAAGCUGAAAAAGGAGAAUGCUUCCUAAGUGUUGUCUGAUAUGUAGCUCCCAAUUUUGUUAUAAGUGUACUGCAAGAUUUUAUUUUGGAAUGAUUUCUGUUAGUUUUGAGAUUAAAACAAAUUCAAGGAAACUGUGUUUACUACAUGAUACUGUUUUCAGUUCAAUUGGUAGAUUUUUCUUGCCUGAGAGUGCAUGUUUUACAUUUUGGAAUAUAUAACAUGUUCAUUGUUUGUUCA